ACCCCUUCGUCUCAUUCACUCGCCUGACACAGAGCCGAGUAAUGGCGCUAGCAGUCUCCAACAUCUUCCACUGCCCCAAAAUUCGGGUUUCUCAGAGGCAGUUUCAUUCCAAAUCCUCCGUUUUUCAUUUACAGUCGUCGUCAAUCAGAUUUAGAGAAAUUACGCGAGAGAGAAGAACGGUUAUUCGUGCAGCAGCUUCUGCAGCAGGAAGUUCUAGUCCAAACAGUGACUUCAACCCGUAUGAGGUAGUNNNNGUAAACCCAAUUGAGGGAUUUGACAUGAUUAAAGCAGCAUAUACUAAAAAACGCAAGGAGGCUGAGAGGAUGGGAGAUGAAGCAACUGCAGCCAGACUGGAGAAAGCUUAUGACAAAGUCAUGAUGGCACAAUUCACAAAUCGGAAGAAGGGUGUCACUUUUGGCUCGGUGAAGGUUUCAAAGGACAUCAAGUAUGCUGAUAAUCAGCCAAUUGUACCAUGGGGGCCAAGGUCUUCAAAGUCCAGCCCAAAAGAUAUGCAAAUCAAUAUGGCAAUAUCUGCUGUAUUUACUGCUUGGGUCCUUAUCAAGCGCAGUGCUGAAUAUAAACCUCUACAGUUCUUGGCAUUUGCUUUUGUUUAUCGGAUUUUUGAAAAGCUGAAAGCUUUUGAACCUCCUGUAUCGCCAUCAUUUACAGAAGAUGGUGAGGAUUCAGGACGAGGAAUACGAAUGGGAAAGCGGUUGCUUCGAUCUCUUGCUCUAGUGUUUGGAUGUAUUGCUGUUUCCUCUUUGGCAUAUACUGGUAUUUUGAAUUUCAUCGAGUUCGUGGGCAGCUAUAUUCCAGCUUUUCUUUACAACAACCAGGAACUAUUGAUCACCAGUACAUCAGCUCUAAUGCUUUACAUCAUGGCGUCGUACUACAGAUGAUGUUCUUCAGCAUGAACUAUUCAAUCUUGCAGCCAACUAGCGCAAUUAAAACGAUUUUGAUAGGUUGUUGAUUUGGCUAUCAAGUUUUGUAAAAUGAGGCAGAGUUAUGAUGUCAGUAUCGAGGAAAUGUAAUGCUAGCUUCAGAAAUUUUAUGUUCAAUGCGAUAUACAUCGACCAUCAUAUGUAAAGAGGUUCCAAUUUCUUUUCUUACUGAUAUAAAGUUAUAAACAUCCUUUUGGGGAUGAAGUUUAUGAGUUUAAAGAGUUUGCAGGGAUUGUAGAUUUUUAAGAUUGGAUAUUUGAAAAGAGCUUGUUCUUCAACUGGAGUUCUUCUGCAAUUUCUCUGCAUUUAGUUUGAAAAUUUGCAUAAAUUUGAGCGUCCCAGUUUGAACUCCAGAACGGCUUCUCGAGGCUUGUCAGUUUUUCGUUCUGAUCUCUUGUGAAAGGCCAGAUAGGUAUUCUAAUUCCAUCUUCUGUUGUCAUUGUUCUUGGAUUGAAAA